CAGAGAGCCACGCCUCCCUCCAAACGCAGCCGUCAAGCAGGGCCUUUUGCGUCACUCGUCUCCACUUUACGGCAGCGUGAGAGUUCCCACACUAAACAUGUGAAAAAGACGCUCGAGAGAGAGAAAUAAAGAAAGAAAACCAAAAGGAGGACUCCAAAUGGAAAACUACAGUAAGGUUCGCAGCGUGGAGCAUCCGUCCGUGUGUCCGUUCAACAAGGCCGCCGACACACCAGAGGUGCGCGUCAGAGACGGCAGCAAGAUCCGCAAUCUGCUGCGCUACGCCCUGAGCCGCAUGGAGGCCAAGCCCCAGGGGGAGAAGGACACGGGAGCGGAAGGGGAGGUCGACGAAGGUCCUCCCGGCCCCCCGGACCGCCCCCUCUCCCGCCAGCUGGUGUUCACGGCGAGCGGCAAGGGCGUGUCGAAAGCCAUCACCUGCACCGAGCUGGUGAAGCGGCGUGUCCGGGGCCUGCAUCAGCUCACCUCGCUGGCCAGCGCCACGGUGACAGACGUUUGGGAGCCCCUGGAGGCGGCCGUCGGCCUCGACAGCAUCACCGUCAGCAGGAAGCUGCCCGUCGUCUGGAUCCUCCUCUCCAAGGACCCUCUGGAUCAAAGCCUGCCCGGGUACCAGGCCCCCGGACGCUGCGAUAACCUUUGGACUCGCGACGAAAAAGAGGAGGCGGGACCGCACAAGAGGAAGCGAGGCGGGGGGGCGGGCGGGGGCGGCAGAGGAAGGGGCGGAGGCCGCCACGCGGGACGUUUCCGAGACUUCAAAGCACCCAGUUGACGCAGGGGGGGG